AUGGUUCAAUUCAUUAUCUAUCUAUCUAUCUAUCUAUCUAUCUAUCUAUCUCAAUCAGUUCAGUAUCUAUCUAUCUCAGUCAGUUCAUUAUCUAUCUAUCUAUAUAUCUAUAUCUAUCUAUCUAUCUAUCUAUCUAUCUAUCUAUCUAUCUGUGUUAGUCUGUUCACAUCUAUCUAUCUAUCUCAGUUAAUUAUCUAUCUAUCUAUCUAUCUAUCUAUCUAUCUAUCUCAAUCAGUUCAGUAUCUAUGUCAGUCAGUUCAUUAUCUAUCUAUCUAUCUAUCUAUCUAUCUAUCUAUCUAUCUAUCCGUGUUAGUCUGUUCACAUCUAUCCAUCUAUCUAUCUCAAUCAAUUCAGUAUCUAUCUAUCUCAGUCAGUUCAUUAUCUAUCUAUCUUUAUAUCACUCUGAGUCUGUAUUUGCGCGUAUGUCAUUCUAAUGAAACCGACUGGAAUAAAUAUACAAAAUUAAGAUUCUAG